AUGGAGGACAACCACAUUGUUGACCUGAACAACAACACUCUACUACUUCACAGCAGGGCGGUAGCUCAGGGCGGGGCUGAGCUCCUGGCUGGACAGCGCAGUCCCGAUCAGCUGCAAGAAGACCUUGCAGGCCCGGAGACCAGUGGUCCUUCCAGGAUGUGGCUCCGCGCUCUUGUGCUGGGCACUCUCGCUGCUUCCAUGGUUUGGGGGCACCCAUCCUCGCCACCUGUGGUGGACACCGUGCAUGGCAAAGUGCUGGGGAAGUUCGUCAGCUUAGAAGGAUUUGCACAGCCUGUGGCCGUUUUCCUGGGAAUCCCUUUUGCCAAGCCCCCUCUUGGACCCCUGAGGUUUACUCCACCGCAGCCUGCAGAGCCAUGGAGCUUCGUGAAGAAUGCCACCUCUUACCCUCCUAUGCCUAGCAGAGCCAGAGUCCUGCCCACUUCCUCUGGGCCCAGCCAGCUCGGCACCAAGAGGGAGAACCUGACACCUCUGUUGCUCCACCCACCCAGCUCAGUGUUCUCCUGGGAAGCCUCUCACCCACAUCCUCUGUCUUGGUCUUCACAGAAUUUCUUGACUCUGGACUUACAUGGAGACCCCCGAAAGAGUUACCCCCGCACGCCCACCGUGAUUGAUGGAGUGGUGCUGCCAAAAACACCUGAGGAGCUUCAAGCUGAAAGGAAGUUCCACACUGUCCCCUACAUCGUCGGAUUUAACAAGAAGGAAUUUGGCUGGUUUCUUCCAACGUUGAUGAGCUAUCCACUCUCCGAAGGGAAACUGGACCAGAAGACAGCCAUGUCACUCUUGUGGAAGUCCUAUCCCCUUGUUCACAUUCCUAAGGAACUGAUUCCAGAAGCCACUGAGAAGUACUUAGGAGGAACAGUUGACCCUGUCAAAAAGAAAGACCUGUUCCUGGACUUGAUAGCAGAUGUGAUGUUUUGUGUCCCGUCUGUGAUUGUGGCCCGGCACCACAGAGAUGCUGGAGCACCCACCUACAUGUAUGAGUUUCAGUAUCGUCCAAGUUUCUCAUCAGACAUGAAACCCAAGACGGUGAUAGGAGACCACGGGGACGAGAUCUUCUCCGUCCUCGGGGCCCCAUUUUUAAAAGAGGGUGCCUCAGAAGAGGAGAUCAGACUUAGCAAGAUGGUGAUGAAAUUCUGGGCCAACUUUGCUCGCAAUGGAAACCCCAAUGGGGAAGGGCUGCCCCACUGGCCAGAGUACAACCAGGAGGAAGGGUACCUGCAGAUUGGUGCCAACACCCAGGCAGCCCAGAAGCUGAAGGACAAGGAAGUGGCUUUCUGGACCAACCUCUUUAAGAAGGCAGCGGAGCAGCUACCCCAGACAGAGCACAUUGAGCUGUGAAUAGAAGGUCCAUUCAGCCUCGGGAGCCUGCAGGAGCAAAGACUGGGGUCUUUUGCAAAUGGUAUUGCAGGUUCAGAAGGCAUCUUACCAUGGCUGGGGAAUUGCCUGGUGGUGGGGGGCAGGGGGCAGGG